ACCGGACUAGGGUUUUUCUGUGUGUUUUUUUUUUUUCUUUCACUCAAUGAAGUAGUGUCAUGUAAGUAGUAUAGAGCAGAGCCUAUCGCAGAGCCUUUAUCACCAUGGCAGAUGAGCUUCAGAGCAAUAUUUUUUCUGGGUUUCAGGGCUCUGAUUUGAAGAGAAUCAAGCUUUCCCUCGACUCCAAUCAACAGGGAGGGAAUCUCAACUCUUCUGGCGAAUCAAGUCCUCUUGGUUUGAGACUAAGCAAGACACCAUCUUUUGUCAAUUUGGUAGAGUUGAAGUUAACCCAAGCAAGGACUUCACCUGAUCAGACUCAUAAUGCCGCAUCGGCAUGCAACACUUCUCGAGCAAGAAAGGAUGAUUUUGAGACUGAGAAAUUGAAGGCCUCGAAUUUCCCAGCAUUACUGCUUAAAAUCGGCUCUUGGGAGAGAAUAUCUAGGCACGAAGGCGACUUGGUUGCGAAAUGUUACUAUGCCAAGAAAAAAAUUGUGUGGGAAGUAUUGGAUGGCGCUUUGAAGAGUAAGAUUGAAGUUCAAUGGUCUGAUAUUGAAGCAAUCAGGGCUACUAUUGUUGAUGACCAACCAGGAAUUUUAGAAAUCGAGUUAAACCAACCACCCCAGUUCUUCCGGGAGACUGAUCCGCAGCCGCGGAAGCAUACGCUUUGGCAUCCGGCAUCAGACUUCACUGGAGGCCAAGCUCCCAUUUUCAGGAGGCAUUAUGUCCGAUUUCCUCCAGGAACUCUCGACAAACACUACGAGAAGCUUUUGCAAUGCGAUCAUCGUUUGUUAGAGCUCAGUCGCAAAUCCUUUCCACAGCUAGGAUCGCCCUACUUUUAUUCUAACCUCUUUUCUGGAAUGGAUAUCUCUUUUGAUAAUGGAGCACCCCAAUCACAAGUCCCAUUUCGCGGCAUGCAAUAUUCUUUCCCACACAUACCUUCUCCCUCCCUACUAAUUCCUACUCAAUGGAUUCAGAGUCAAGGACAAGCUGUUGGAAUCGUGGACUCCAAUUCACCUAUGUCAGUUAUGGAUUUUCCACAAACAUCUGAUAACGUUAAUAGUUACACAUUUGAAAAUCCAAGGGCAGCACACUGGGUAUCUGAAGGAAACAAUGGUGAAAACUUGUUCACGGGGAAAGAUCACAUUCAAGAAAUGCAACCAUAUAUUUCUCCAGCUGCUCAUAACGAAGGAGUCUUUUCCUGUCACGUCCCAGCUUACUGGGGAGAAGCCUCUGGGACCUGUGGUUCGAGCAAUCUGAUACUCAAUGACAUAGAAAACCAUUUGUUAGGUGAAUCUCUAAUUUCGAACUCUGAUGAGGGUAGACACCUCUCUAGGGUGAGGCCUAUGUGUUCAGUACUCGAACCACGGGAGGUAUCAAACUUCUCGCAAAACAUUGGCGCGGAUCAUGUAGCGUAUGGACAAACAACUUAUGUUCAUGAUAUGAGGAUUAAUGAGCGCCUUGACAUGGACAGUGCUAUCCCUUACGUGCAGCCAAUCUGUUGCUUGCCUCCACAAGUUUUUGGCAGGACAUCGACGAUGAGUCAUCUUCCAAUAGAGAACAACCCGUACGGAUUUUCUAAUCCAGCAACUGGAGAUUGCGAAGAUGUUGAUGCUAGCCAUAAGGUUUGGCAAUGACUGUAAUGUGUUGAUACUUGUUUUGUUUCAUAACAUUUUUGUUUUUCAUUUGUUUUGUAGAUAGGAACUGAAAACAAUUUUCUUUUAACUUAGGUGGGAGGUUUUGAAUUCAGUUUCUAGUUUAUCUUGCUGAGAGAUGUUUUUGAAGGCCUCCCUAUUGUUACCUAAAAGGUUCAAGUGUGUUUCAACAUUUCAUAUACAAGCA